GAUCCAAACAUAGCCUCGAGAGAAUUGGGGUUGGACAAACUCAUAUGGUGGUUUCAAGAUCAUCGUUUCUCGAAUUUGUCCAAUCAAUUAAAGUUCUCUAGACUCUUCUAUCUUUUUAACAUCAAUCUAUCUGUUGACGGCUGUAGGGGACUUAUUCCGUGGAGUAGAUAGCAAGGCCUCCACAAAAGUUUCUUUUUGAUUGUUCACAGCCUCCGGUAUGACGGUUUUUUGGUUCUCCUUUCCCAAGUUCAAAGAGGUUACCGCCGAUGAGUAUCCGGGGAGGAAGAAGUAAUCCAGAUAUAUAAGUUGCCAAAAUGCCCGUCUAGUAUUGCUUCUCAUCCUCAUCAUCAUCAUCAUCUUUCACUAUCUUUUCACAUCAUUCACUUUCCAGACAAUCCAAUCUUUUAUUCAUUCCUUGCUGGCCAACUUAUUUCAAUAUCUCAUUUCAAGUUCUAACCCAGUCACUUUUCAACCCAAAUCAAAAUGCAAUUCUCAUUCGCUCAAUUGGCCAUUUUGGCUGCCACAAUCAGUGUUGCUAGUGCGGCUCCUAUGGAUGCUUCCACUGGUCUCGAAGCACGCGAUGCGCCAAGACUCCACUUCAGAGAGGUCGUGCACGCUCGCAAGACUUCAGAUGAAGAUGACGAGAGCAGCUCUUCAAGCUCUAAGGAAACCUCCACAAAGAAGUCUUCCAAGGCAUCCUCCACCAAGAAAUCCUCCAAAGCAUCCUCCACAUCUAAGGCAUCAUCGGCAUCCUCCACCGGCAAGUCUUCAGGUUCUUCUGGAUCUAAGUCUGCUAGUGCUGCCUCGUCAACAAUCACCAGCUCGGCAUCCUCUGGUAAUGCAUCCACCGGUACUACCGGCGAUUCUGUCCCCGCCUCUUCAGGUACCUCUGUUCUUUCGGCCGUUCAAACUAUCGCCGCAGGUGAAUCUUUCGAUGGUGGAAUGGUUAUGUACGAUCGAGGAGUCAGCUGUGAGGGUCAAUCUGAAGGUGGUGACAGUGAUGCCGUCUUCCAAAUCGAAGCUGGUGGAUCUCUCUCCAACGUCAUCAUUGGACCCAACCAAAUGGAAGGUAUUCAUUGCCAAGGAGCUUGCACCUUGACAAAUGUAUGGUGGUCUGCUGUCUGCGAAGAUGCCUUCACUAUCAAGAACCAAGAGGCUGGUCAAACCACCACAAUUUCUGGCGGAGGUGCCUUUGGAGCCGACGACAAGGUUCUUCAGCACAACGGAGGGGGAACCUUGAAGGUUUCUGAUUUCACUGUCGAUACCUUUGGAAAAUUGUACAGAUCAUGUGGUAACUGCGACACAAUGUACGAGAGACAUGUUAUCAUGGAUUCUAUCACUGCUACUAGUGGAAAAGAGCUUGCUGGCAUCAACUAUAACUUUGGCGACACUGCAACCUUCACCAACAUUGUAGCAAACGCUGUCGAUGAUAUCUGUGUGACAUACACAGGUACUGAUGACAACAGCCAGGAACCUUCUGAGUAUGGAAGCGGACCCGAUGGCACAUACUGUAUCUACACUGAGAGCGAUAUUACCACUUCUUAGAGACUUUAUCUAUGGAUGGAUCCUACAGCUGUUCGAUAUUGUGAGCCGGUUUGGAACUCCGGAAAUUGGAGAGAAAACAGGGUUAGAGCCAGAUCACUUGAGGUUUGAUUUAUCUCCGAGGAUUGGUUAAAGGCUGGAACCUGGUGGUGGAUGUUUCUUCUUGUAUAUCAUGUUUGCUUGACGCAAUACAAAUUAUCUAUUACUAUCA